AUGAAAGGGAUUGAGAUCGAGAACCACAGCAAUAUGCUGAAUCAGAAGCCAGAGAUCUUUAAUAUACUCAAAGAAGCUCUUAUGAUCCCUUAUAAAACUACCCACUUCAUCCCACUUUCUUUUGUGGCCUCCAUACCCCUACUUUGCUUCUUGGUUUUCCAUGAAAUGAUCCUCCAAAGAAUACUUAUUGCAACCUCGGAGAUACUAAGACAACCCCCGGCUUAUUUUGAUGAAUGGCUGGUACCAGUCAAUGGCAGAAGAAUGGCAAAUGAUUUCUUUUAUAAACUGAUCCAACUGGGUCUUCUCCAUCUGCUGCCCCUUCAUCAAUUGGAGCUCUGCGCCGCGGUGGUUACCGUUGAUUUGACAGGAAAAACAUAUAUUAAAGAGAAACCCAUGACUCCAAGGGAGAUGGUAAAGAGACUUCUCAACAAAGCAAGGUGUAAAGGCAUCCUCAUCACAUCUGCAUAUGUUUACUUCGUAUCAACUUGUUUUCUACUGGGAUCAACAUGGUUAGUGACAAACUACUAUAUUAUAGUGAGGAACUUUUUCUAUUAUGUGUUCACUGCAGCACUUUUUAGAGUAGCUGCCGUGGCUUUGCUAGUGAAAUACUUAGAAUGGACUGCCAUCUGGAACAUGAGUAUUGUGAUUUCAAUGUUAGAGGAGGUACAUGGGGCAAAUGCUCUGGGACUCUCGGCUUAUUUUUGUAGAGGCAGCGAGAGACAAGGGUUCUUGUUGAUGCUUGUUUUCUUCGUGUGGGUUGUCGGUUUAAGGUUAGCAUGUUUCUACAGUCGAUGCAAUCUGAAAGGCUGGAGAACUAUUUUACAUGUUAGCUUGAUUUGCAUGGGGAAUGUGAUGAAGUGGGUGGUUUGUGUGAUCUAUUUCUAUCAUCGCAAAAAACAGACCGUAGACAGGGUUGACGAGGAAGCAGGGAGACCUGUCAAAGCUGUUUAUGAAUAA